AAGUCGGGAAGCUGGCAUACAAGGCUGAGAUGGUCCAAAAUGCCGUGGAAGCGGCCAGAAACAAUGGUCAAAAUGUCUACAGUUAUGUCACGCAGUGGCAGGCAAAUGCUGACAAGGCCUUGAAUGAGGCGCGAGACUUAUUGGACGACUUCGAAAAGGCAACCAAGACUUGCUGCUAUGGGAGUCUUCCCGAACCCAGUUGCCGCUAUGAGUUCAGCAGGUUAGCCAGGCACAAGAUCGAGGGCAUUCAGCUACUCGGUCAAGAACACAGUCAAAUCAAGGAUGUCUCCUUCAAUGGUCUUGCUCUAGGGAAUGUUACUGUUUCGACUCCGGCCAGGAGAGAGGACAAAGAUGUCGUCCAGUCGACCAUCGUGACGGCCUCUUCUUCUUUUGCCUCGACGUCAAUUAAGCUUAAGGAUGACGAUAUCUUCAAAUCCAGAGAAUUGAUCAUGCAGGAGAUCAUGGCCGCUCUUGCCGAUAACAACAAUAGCGUGGUUGGGAUUUACGGGAUGGGCGGGGUCGGCAAGUCCACGCUAUUGGCUGACACUGAAAAGAGAAUAAGAAAAGAGAAGUCGUAUGAUUGGGUUGCUAAGGCCAACGUAUCAAAAAAUCCAGACAUCAUGAUGAUUCAAGAAGAGAUUGCGGAUGCCUUAGGCCUUACUAAAAUCCAGGAAAGAAAGACUAUCAGCAGGCGAGCGGAACUUCUGCACGGGAGGCUGAAAGAGGAGGAGAGUAACAGCAAGAAGGUCCUCAUAAUACUGGACAACUUGUGGAAGGGGCUGGAUUUGAAAUUAGUCGGCAUUCCUUGCGGACAUGACAACAAAGUCAUCGGAUGCAAGUUAUUGUUGACAUCGAGAGAUCGAGAUGUCUUGCGAAGGGAAAUGGGCUGCGACAAGCCCUUCCACCUUGAUGGGUUGCAGAAGGAAGAGGCAGAAGAAUUGUUUGAGAAGACGGUGGGAGAAAAAGUUCAUAAUGAUCCGUUCAAAUCCUUGGUGGAUAUAGCACUCCACAGAUGCGGAGGUUUGCCUUUCCUAAUUAUUGCAAUGGCGAAUAUUUGUAAAGAUGCUCAAUUUUUUGAAUGGGAGGAUGUUUUGAUACAAAUCGAGAUGUUUUCAAAUAAAGGAAUCGGUGGGAUGAUAAAUGAGACGCUACGGUUGAGUUAUGAUCGUCUCAGAGGGGAGGAUAGCAAGGAGUUGAAGUUAUUAUUACGACUUUGUGUUGUUUAUGGUGUCUCUAAGCCCUCUCUUGAAAACUUGGUGAGGUAUGGCGUGGGUUUGAGGUUAUUUCGAGAAGAUAGCACCAUGGAAGAAAUUAGAAAUAGGUUAAACACAUUGAUCCGAAAAUUGAAAGCAGCGUCCCUUUUGUUAGGAGACAAUGAAGAUGUUGAUGAUUUCAAGAUACAUGACUUGGUUCGUGGAUUUGUUGCCUCGGUUGCUUCAAGAGAUGACCCUUUUCUCGUGUUGAAAGAUAAUGGUAAGUUAGUAAUAGAGUUGCCGAAGAACAAGCUCAGAAGUUGUACAGCAGUAUGUUUUCCCUAUGUUGACAUGAAGGAGCUUCCCGAAGAAUUAGAUUGCCCCGAAAUGCAGAUCUUUUUGCUAUUCACGAACAAUGAAUCUCUUACGGUCCCAAAUUCAUAUUUUAACUCUAUGAAAAAACUCACGGUCUUACAUCUUUCUCAGGUGUGUCUCACUAGUUCACCUUCGCCGUUUCAGUUCUUGGUGAACUUACACACUCUAUGUCUUGAUGGUUGUUCAUUAGAGGAUGUAGCCAUGAUUGGCAAGCUAAAAGGGCUACAGAUUCUUAGCUUUGUGAAUUCCGAUAUUCAACGAUUGCCAGAAGAAAUUGGACAAUUGGUAGAGCUGAGGUUGUUAGACUUAAACCAUUGCACACUACUUAAGAUAAUUGAGCCAGGUGUGCUUGGAAACUUGAUGAAAUUAGAGGAGUUGUUUAUGGAGAAUAGCUUUGAUCGAUGGAAUGCUGUGGAGCAAACUUCACCAACUAAUGCUAGGCUUAUUGAGUUGGAUAACAUGAAGAAUCUCCACACUUUGCAUGUGUCCAUUCUUGAUCCGAAUGUGCUCCCAAAGGAUCUAAACGUCAAGAAAUUAACCAAUUACAAAAUCAAAAUAGGUAAUGUGGGGCGCCGGCAAAGUGACAAAGGAUCAAGCACAUUGAAGCUUAAGUUGGAUCCAACAAGUGAUAUUCUUCAUAAAGGAUGCAUACAAACUCUCUUAGGCAAAACUGAUGAUCUAUUUUUAGAUGGAUUAAACGGAAUUGAGCAAAGUAUCUGCGUGUUAUCCCAAGAAGGCUUCCCAAAAUUAAAGCAUCUGCACGUGGAGAAUAGUUCCUCCAUCCAUUAUGCCUUGCAAUCACCAUCCCUUACAGAUUUUAAGACGCUGGAGUCUUUAAUUCUCGAUAAUCUCAUCAACUUGGAGAAGAUAUGCAACAACCACAUCUCCAAUGAGUCCUUUAGUGCAUUAAAAGUAAUACGGGUCGAAAGUUGCGACAAGAUGGAAGUUUUGUUUCCUCUUUUGUUAUUGAGAGAACUUCCAUGGCUUGAAGAGAUCCAAGCUAUGUGGUGCCCCUUAAUGCGGGGGAUUGUAGAAGUUGAUGAUUGUGGCAAAGUUGAAUUGCGUAAUUUGCAUGUAUUGGAAUUGCGUCAUUUGCCAAAUAUCAAGAAUUUUUUCACCCCCAAGACAGCUCCUUCAAGUAUUGCAUCAAAAGACCAAGUUGGCACUCAAGUUGCUUUCUUCAACAGGCAACAGGUGUCAAUCCCAUCCUUGGAGUCCUUGAUGAUGGCCGGACUUCCCAAUCUGGAAAAUAUAUGGAGCGAUGAAUCUCCAUUAGGGCUGAGCAAUCUCCAAUUUCUUGAGGUCUCGUUGUGCAAUUCUCUCUCAAAAGUUAUCAAUUCCAAGUCACUAGUAAAACUACACAAGUUACACACUUUAAUAGUAGAAGCUUGUAUUUCGUUGCAAGAAAUUUUUGACCUUGACGGACUAAGCACCAAUGCAAAUAUCGAGACUCUCUCUGAGCUAAACACCAUCCGUAUAAGAGGAUUGCUAGGCUUGAGGCGCAUAUGGAACAAGAAUCCAUGUGGAAUUGUGAGACUCCACAAUUUGAAGAAAGUACGAGUGCAUGAUUGUAACAAUCUCAAGUUUAUGUUUUUCCCAUCCAUGGUUCAAUAUCUUGCACAAUUGAGAGAACUAGAGGUACAUGAUUGCAAGAAGAUGGAGGUGAUCAUAAUGGAGGAAGAAGGGUUGAGCAUAGAAACAUCGGAUAUUCUAGUAUUCCCGAUGUUGACCAUUUUACGACUUACAUAUUUGGAAAGUUUAACGUGCUUCUCUUACAGAAAGUGUACAUCGGAAGCUCGAGGUGAGGACCGCAUCAAAUCCCGCUCCACUAUCCUCUUCAGUCAAGAGGUUGCAUUUCCUAGCUUGAAGACAUUAUACAUCGAUGGCAUGGAUAAUAUUGAGAUAUUAUGGAAUGAUCAAGUUGCUGCGGAUUCUUUGCACAACCUAAAAUCGCUUGAGGUGUGGAGAUGCAAUAAGCUAUUGAACAUUUUUCCUUCUCGUAUUCUUGGACAGCUCAGGAGCUUGGAAAGUUUGAGGGUAGGAUCAUGUGCUUUGCUUGAAGUUGUUUUCAAACUUCAGCCACUGAAUCCUCUAGACGGACAUCUUGUUGCUCAUUUGCCAUUAAAAAGGCUACAGUUAGAUGGAUUACCAAAGCUAAAGUGUGUAUGGGAUAAGGAACUUCAUAGUCGAGUCAAAUUCCAGUGUCUCCAUUUUAUUAUCGUUUCUGGAUGCGAGAGCCUCACCUCUCUAUUUCCUGCCUCAGUAGCAAUGCAUCUAACCCAACUUGAGGAGUUGGACAUCAGUGAAUGUGGCAUUGUGGAACUAAUUGAGAAGGAGGAAGGACUAGUUCCUAGGUUUGUGUUCCCAAACUUAACCUCCCUCAAGCUUGAGCAUCUAAUAGAGUUGAAGUGCAUCUACACUGGAAAGCAUGCUUUACAUUGGCCGAUGUUGAAGACCUUGGUGGUGCGUGGCUGUGACAAAUUGGAGAUACUUGCAUCGCACCUUGAGAAUGAUAUGCCACUUGAUAAACAGCCUCUCUUCUUGAUAGAAAAGGCAACCUGGAGAUGGCCCCUGAUAAGGUCAGUAGUAACCUUUCUGUGCUUCCUUUUCAGAGUCCAAAGAAUAAGAAACCAGGCACAUUCGAAGCACAUGUUACGGAGAAUGGCAUUACCAUCUGGAACUUACAGUACCUCCGAGAAGGAGCUUGAAGACAGUCAAGUACAAAAAAUAAUUAGCUUAUUGGACAUGGGAGAAACAGGUGUACAAAUUGUUGGAAUCCAUGGGAGAGAUGGCAUUGGAAAGACUGCUCUUGCCAAGACCGUAUACAACGAAAUUUCCCUUGAGUUUGAUGCUUGCAGUUUUCUUGCAGAGAUUGAAGAAACGAUCAUGCACCCUGGUGGUCUUCAGCAUCUUCGUACCAAGUUGAUCUGUGAUAUUUUGAAAAGAGAGUAUGAGGUUGCUUCUGCUUUCAAGGAAGUACGAUUUUUCAAAGAAAUAUUUAGGAAUAUGAAAGUUCUCAUUGUUCUCGAUGAUGUGGAAAGUAGGUCCCUCCUCAAGGAGUUUGUAGGAGCUAAGCUUGAUUGGUUUGGUUCUGGAAGUAGAAUAAUUAUCACCUCAAAACAAAGAAGCAUUCUUCAAGGGUAUGUUGAUCGAAAGUUGGCUCAUGAAUAUGUUGUUAGUCCGAUGGAUGAUAAUCGAGCUUUCGACCUUUUCUGGAAGUAUGCAAGGGAAAGGAGUUAUGUACAGCAGCCUUAUGCAAGGGAAAGGCGUUAUGUACAACAGCCUUACUUUCAAAUUGCAAUGAAAAUAGUCAAGGCUGUGGAGGGACUUCCACUUCUGGCCAAAGUUAUUGGUUCUUUUCUGCACGGUAAAGGACAAGAAGAAUGGAUUAAAUUCGAAGGUCUCAUACAACAAUUUCAGGAAGAUUAUUGGAAGUUUUUAACCAUAAUUUAUGAAGCAUUAGAUCAAAAGAAAAAGCAGAUGUAUCUUGAUAUUGCAUGUUUUCUCCCGGAUGUGGAUUUUAGGAUUGCCUCAUAUAUGUGGCAUUAUUAUGAACGUCCCCAUGAUGAGAUUGAGGUCCUUUUUCGUAUGUCCUUAAUAAAAAUAGAAGAAAAUAAAAUAGGCAUGCACAGCAUUCUAAGAUGCCUUGCCAGGAAGAUUAUUUUCGAAGGUUUACAUGAUCCAGGAACAUGUGUUGGAUCCUACGUUCCUGUCAUAACCCAGGACCCGGAGAAGAGGAUAAUGGGAACUGACCAACAUAACAAUGAAGUGGCAGGCUUUGAGAUCCCGCCGAACACAACAUUUCUCAGCUUAGGUCAUGCCAAUAUUGGUGGAAAAUUUGCAGGUGCCUUAUUGAGCGUUCGGUGGCUUCACUGGCAAGGGUGCCCUCGGGAUAUUAAAGCAAUCGACUUUCAUUUAGAGAACCUAGUUGUUCUUGAUCUUUCAUGGAGUAAGGUUAAUGAAUCCUGGGGAUGUUGGAAAGGAAUUAAGAUGGAGCAUUUGAAAGUCUUGAAUUUUACAGGUUGUGCAGACUUAUUAGUUACCCCCAACUUCUCUUGUUGCCCAAAUUUGGAGAUACUGAUUCUUGAACGAUGUUCUCGAUUGGUUCAUUUAGAUCCUUCAAUUAAUGAUUCGAAGCUCUUGGUUACCCUUAAUUUGACAUUCUGCUCUGAACUUAGCAUGCUGCCAGUGAAAAUGGAUGGGAUGAUUGCUUUGAGAGAGCUCCUGAUUGAUGGUACUUCCAUUCGAGAACUUCCUGAGUCGAUAGGCAAAUUGGUUCAACUGCAAAUUCUUAGUGCCGCUAAUUGCUUCUCAUUGGCUGGUGUUCCUGGUUCAGUUUGUCAACUUAAAGCUCUGUCAGUGCUGGUUUUGGAUGACGCGAAAAUUCUUGAACUCCCAGAGUCAAUUGGAGACUUGGGGGAACUUAGACGCUUGUCUUUGAGGAAUUGUCGUGGGCUAGAAAAGCUUCCAGAGACGAUUGGCAAAUUAAAAGAAUCAUUAGUAGAGUUGGAUAUUUCAAGUUCGGGUAUUUUAAAACUGCCCGAUUCGACUAAAAAUCUGCGGAGUCUGAAAGUGCUGAAAAUGGAUUCUUGUUUCAUAAGAGAAUUUCCUCGUGACGUUGGAGAGUUGAUUAACCUUGAAGAAGUCCACGCCUCCUGGUGCAGGAAUUUGGAGGGAGCCAUUCCGAGUGGUAUUUCGAAACUACAUCAUCUCAGAGAACUGAGGCUUCGUGGUUCACGUAUAUCCAGCCUUCCAUCAGAAAUCCAGUUCAUUUCAAGUCUUCAGACUCUCGAUUUGCUACAUUGCACCCUUCUCAAAGAGUUGCCUUUGCUUCACUCUAACUUAAUCGAUCUCUACGUCGAUCCUGGCUUGACGCAAGAUAUGUAGGGCAUUCAAAUAUGUCGUUGGUCGCAUUUAUCGCGAAUUAGGGGUGUCUCCAAAAAAACCCGACCCGACGUGAAAAAUUUGGGUCUUUUUUGUCCGGGUAGUAGGAAAAAUUCGGGGCAUUUGUUCUCUCUUCCUCUUUUUUCGCGAUUUCAUCUGUUGAGCAACCAAAUGUCUGGAUAUGUUGAUUAACAUUCCCGUAUUAGUAUGACUCUGCUGUUGAUUCCCAA